AUGGUUGAAGUCUCACUUACUGUUGGUAAGCUUGACGCAUCUUUAGCGCUUUUGCUAACCAAAGAUCACCAUCUUAUCGAAUUUCCGACGAUUUUGUUACCGAAUGGAGUCAAGGCCGGCUCUAUUGUGAAGAUCAAGUGUGAACGUGACUUGGAGACAGAAGCAGAGGAAAGAAGAAAGUUUCAGGAAAUACAGGAUGAAAUACUUACUACUUUUGGCAAGAAUCUCCCCAAACCACCCGUGCUUAAGGUUAAAAACGUGACUCAAACAUCCUGUGUCUUGGAAUGGGACCCAUUGGACUUGGGAACUGCCACGUUGAAGAAUUUGGUAUUGUUCAAAGAUGACAAGAAGCUUGGGUCUAUUCAUCAGCCAUUGAGCAAUAGAACGACAAAGUUGUCUGGUCUCCCGAUCGAUAAGACUUUCAAAUUUCAGUUGCGCUUAGAUACAACUGCUGGUGUUUAUUCCUCCAAAUUGGUUGAAGUAAAGACACAUAAGAUGACAGACUUGUCCGGUAUUACUGUAUGUUUGGGUGACAUUACGACCAAUGAUCAAUUCACCGUGGAUGACAUACAGCAGACUUUGAAAAAUAUGGGUGCUCACUACCCUGCUCAAGAAAAGUUGCUGGUGGAUACAACGCAUUUCAUUACAACGAGGGAGAAUAAACUGAACCCUGAAUAUAUGAAGGCAAACGAGAUGAAUAUUCCAAUCAUCAGACCUGAAUGGUUGAAAGCUUGUGAAAGGGAACGUCGUAUCGUGGGAGUAAGAGAUUUUUACGUUAAGGAUUGCGUGUUGCCAGAUAUUCUUGCGAAAGACUACUGGAAAAAGAAUAAUUCUUCUCAGCCACCUCCUCCUCCUCCUGUUCCUGAGAAGGACGCUAGUAACUCUGAUGCCUCAGUAACUGCUCUGGUAACAGGUGAUAAUGAAAUGCAUGAAGAUUCAAGCACAAAUGUGAAUGAAAAAUCUGAAACUAUUUCUCAAACUCCUGAGGAAACCAAGAUAUCAGAUUCGGGAUUAGAAAAUCCAAAGGAAGAAGCAGAAAAAAACUCAGAGUCGGCAGGUCAGCCUCUGGAGGAGCCAAUUGAAGCGCCGGCUGAAACUUUUGAGCAGAUCCCACUAGAUGAAGAUAGAGUUUCUGAAGCACCAGAAAAAGAGGAGUUGCCGGACGCAACAUUAGAGGAGGAAGAACCAAAAGAGUCUUCGGAGAAAGUUCUGGAAGGAGGACAGAAUGUGAACGAGGGAAAGGAACUGAUGGAUCUUUCCCAAAUUCAGGAAAAGGUGGAGGCAAAGGAUGAGGUUUCACAAAAGGCGAAAGCUUCUAAUAAUGACGACUAUUCUGAAGUACUGCUUUCUGAGACAGCGGAACAAAAUGUGGAUGCAGAUACUACAGAGGCUGUGGACCUUACGGAACCCGAACAUGCUACAGAUCCUACUGAUGUCACCGAACAAAUACAAGCAUUAGACGAGCAUGCUGAAGAAAAGGCUGCAGAAGAUUCCCAAACAGAAGCUGAUGUGGUUCAUGUGACUGAAGACAAGCCUGAUGAGGCUGAUGUCGAUGAAAACAAGGAUGUCAAGGGACUACAAGAGGAGGAGCAUGCGGAUUUGGCUGAUGCUGAAGGUAAUGCAUCGGGACUAAACAGCGAGAACUCAACUUGA